AUGAAGAUCUCCCUCAAGCGUCCAGAAGACCAACAAGAGUUCCAGUACCACCGCAACCCACUGAUAAAGGCAAAGGUACCCGUAACCAUAUUCAACCAACCUUUUACUUCUUCCAUCGCCACCAUUUCAUCCGCCGCCGCCGCCACCAAGUCUUCCUCUCACCUCUCAUUUUCUCUCUCCUCCAACUUCUCUUCUGGCCCUUCCGUCAGACUCUCUUACUCUCACUCCUCCACCGCACCCUCCCCUUUCUCUCUCUCCCUCAAGUCUGGUCUUGGCCUCUUUGGCUCCCCAAAAAACUCCCCUCUUGUUUUCACUGCUCAAUUCUCUCUCUCCCACACAAACCCCACUUUCUCUCUCCACAUCAAGCCCCAAUUUGGCAACUUUUCACUCAAAAAAUCUACCUUUUCCGACCCUAAUUUCAAACAAAUUUCUGGGUCUUCCUCCGAUGUUGGUGACCAUUUGGAUUCUGGGUCUCCUUUAAAUGGUGGUUUUGGUAAUGGGCUUGUCUCUGAAGGGUCAUCUGUAUGGCAGGAGCUGAGAGGUCGUUGGGUUGGAAGAAUGGUGGGAAAGAUGGGUUGUUUUCUGGAAUUGCUGUGA